AUGCACGACGCCGUUCGCGCCAUCCAGCAAGACCCCGCCCUCUCCGAGUCCCAGCAGGCCGAGCGCAUCCACAAUCUCUUCGCUGGGGCCCGCCAGCCGGCUCUCAGCCGCGAUCCGGACCACACCGGCCACCCCACCCGCCGCUUCUCCGGCAAGGGCGUUUCCAAGUGCUACGAAAACUACGCGCGCAACUGCUGGCUCAAGGCCGCUUGCUGCGGCAAGUACUACCCUUGCAGACGCUGCCUCGAUGAGGAUGAGGACCACGGAAUCGACCGCCAUGCUGCAGAGCUGGUCGCCUGCGUCGCCUGCGGCGACCAGGACAAGCCCGUCGCCGACAAUUGCCGCUCGUGCGUCGUCGUGUUUCAAACACGGCGCCGGACGAGCGACACUUGUUGCCAAGUUGGCAGGUACUUUUGUGGCGCGUGCAAGUUUUUUGAUGACUCCAAGGGGAAGGAGGUGUACCAUUGCCACCGGUGUGGCAUCUGUCGCGUGGGUAAGGGGCUCGGAAUCGAUCAGCACCAUUGCAACGGAUGUGGCAACUGUUUUCCGAUAGACACGCGCGACUUGCACCCGUGCGGGGAGCGCAGCCUGGACGCAAAAUGUCCCAUCUGCACACACUACCCAUCCCAAUGCUAUCAGAACUAUUGA